AUGCUGACUGCAACAGGUGAGUCUGUUAGUGCAUCUUUCUGGGCUGAAGGAGCUAAGUAAUGAGCCUAUGGGACACAAUGCUGGACUAGCGGGCAGGGAAUAGGGUAAGGAUUUCACUAAGAUCCAAUUGCAAAUUUUUUUUUUUUAAAUUUCAGUUAUAAUAAAGCAUAAAUACACAUACGCACUCCUAGGAUAAUACAUGAAAUGUAAGGGUCACACAAAGCAUCCCCCAGUAUUGUUUUAUGAAUAUGUGUUUUAUAUGUGAUGUGAGAUUUAUUGUUUAACCAACUCUGCUUGGCGGCAGAUCCACUUUACUACACUCAGUUCAUAAAGCAGAAAAUUGACAUCAUGUGCAGAUAAUAUUUUGUGAAGUAUAUAUUUAUAUAUUUACCUGCUGCAGCCCUAGUUAUUUAUAUUUAUACAAAGUGCUCUCCGUGUCCCCUGUAGUGUUUGCGGUGCUAGGUGUCACUCUCUGCUGUGGACAAGAACUAUCCCCUGCGCCAGAAACUGAGAUUAUCACACAAAUCCGCAGCCAAACUGUCUACCUACAGGGCAACGCAACAUCGCUGCUCAAUACAUUUGUGAGUAUUUUCCCUUAAAUGCAGCAUCACCCAUCCUGCAUCCCUGCAGAACAUUGCAGCUCUAACCGCUUCCCUGCAGAGCAAUACCCCCCCUUUAUGCAUCCUUUCCAAUACAGAGCAAUGCAUGGCUUUUACUACCCUCCCAUACAGAGCAAUGCAUGGCUUUUAUCCCCUCUUCCCGCAGAGCUAUGCUUUUAACUCCCUCCUCUGCAAUCUGCAUGUAUUUAUUUGCACUGAGUACACCACUAAUCUACAGAUUAUUCUAUUCAUAUAGCACACAUCUCUAUCCAUCUAUCUAUCUAUCUCUCUAUCCAUCUCUGCUCUUUUUUUAUCACUCGUUGAUCCCUCACUAUCCAUCUCUCCUUCCCAUUCAUAUUAUCCAUCAUCCCAUCUAAUUCCCACCCAUCACUAUCCGUCUCUCCUUCCCAUUCAUAUUAUCCACCUUCCAAUCUAAUUCCCACCCAUCACUAUCCAGCUCUCUAAUCGAAUUCUCACCAAUCACUAUCCAUCUCACCAAUCACUAUCCAUCUCACCAAUCGAAUUCCCACCAAUCACUAUAUAUCUCAUCCAUAUCUAAUUCUCACCAAUCACUAUCCAUCUCACCAAUCUAAUUCUCACCAAUCACUAUCAAAUUCACCAAUCUAAUUCUCACCAAUCACUAUCAAAUUCACCAAUCUAAUUCUCACCAAUCACUGUCCAGCUCUCCAAUCUAAUUCUCACCAAUCACUAUCCAUCUCACGAAUCUAAUUCUUACCCAUCACUAUCCAAUUCACCAAUCUAAUUCUCACCAAUCACUAUCCAGCUCUCCAAUCUAAUUCUCACCCAUCACUAUUCAUGGCAGUAAGAAUUGAUAUUUACUGACCAGAGUUAAUUCUACCUCUAUUAAUAGCAUCAUUCUCAUAAUUGCUUGAAAUCCAUCUCUUCAACCGAAUUCACACCAAUCAUCCCUCUCUCCAAUAUCAGUAUCCACCUCAUUUCCAUCCCUCACUAUCCCGUUAAUGUUCAUCUAAUUCACACUCAUCACUAUGUAGCUCCCACACAUCACUAUUCAUUUCUACAUCUAAUUCCAUCACUAUCUCCCCAAUUUGAUUCCUAUCCUUCACAAUCUAUUUUUGCAAUCUUAUAGCCACCCUUUACUAUCCAUCUUCCCAAAUCCACUUCUCACUCAUCAAAAUCCAUCUCCCCAAUCUAAUUCUCACCAAUCACUAUCCAUCUUCCUGAAGGAUUUCCCACUCUUCACGUUCAAUGCCAGUGGGAGAAAUACACAGACCAGAGUUUGUAAUAAAAUCAAGCUAAUAAUUCCCACUUGGCAUUAUAUGUCUCUCCAUCUUUCCAGUGUAAUUCUUAUCCCUCAACAUCCAUCUUUAAUACCAUUUCUUCACUCUAAUUCUCAUCCAUCACCUUCCAUCUCUUCAUCUAGUUCCCACCCAUCACUUUUCAUCUUUCCAAUCUCAUUGCUUCUCUCACUAGCCAUAAUUCCCAUUUCCUUUCUCUGACUAUCCAUCUUCCCCAUCUAACUUCAUACUAUCGCUAUUCAUUACCCCAAUCUAAUUCCAUCACUAUCUCUCCAGUCUAAUUCCGUUAAUUCCUAACAACCACUUUAAUCAAUUUUCAUUCAUCGAUAUUAAUCUUUUCUAUUGAAUUUAACUCUAAUCACUUUCCAGUCCUCCAACCUAAUUCAGCUCCAUGUUAGUAAAUCUCGUCUAUUUAUUUGUUGUUCUCCUAACCCCUUCUUUUAUUCCUGCAGUUGAAAUACCAAGAAAAACCAUUCAGCUGCCCUGGAUUUAGCUUCCCCUCAUGGCAGGAGCCUGGGCUUCCAACAGCAAGUAUGGGCUUCAAGAAAUGGAGGUGCCUGUGCUCAGGGGAGCGGCUUCUGCUGGCCAGAAAUGCAUUUUCAUCCAUCUCUGAAUUCUUCCAGCUCAUCCAAGAUGACCAGUUGUCAUUGAACCCACAAGCCACAGAUUUGCAUCAACUACUAGAAGCUGCUCGGUGGUCCUCAGAGGCCGUGCUUAAUAACCUUGUAACUGCUUUUGAAAUGUUAGGCUUUCAACCUCCACCAUUGCAGCCAGACACCUUGAGCUGGACUUCGGCAGGAGCCACCAGCUUCCAGAAGAAGGUGCGAGGUUAUGUGCUCUGCAGAGAAUACAGAGACUGGCUUUCAAGAGUGGCCAAAGACAUGGAUAUUUUGAAUGGGACACGUAGAGGGAGACAGACUUUUAACCAGGAGAGGAGAGACUGCUGUAGGUCCUCAAAUGUUAGCUAA